UUUAGAAGUGUGUGGAUUGUCCAGUAAGUGAACCCGGUAUUUAGUAGUGUGUUGACCUGGAAUAAUUGAAUGGAGAUUAAUAACAAAAUGUUCACUUGGCUCAACAGAGUACCAGAGGUGCGGCAGCAGUGCUACGAGAACGUAAUCGAGGGCCUGAAGAGCAUCUACAAAAACAAAAUGCUGCCGCUGGAGCAGCACUAUCUCUUCAACGAAUUCCACUCCCCGCCCCUCAACGACGCCGAUUUCGACGCCAAACCGAUGAUCCUCCUUGUGGGCCAGUACUCCACCGGAAAAACAACGUUUAUAAAAUACCUGCUGGAGAGGGACUUCCCUGGGAUGAGGAUCGGGCCGGAGCCGACGACGGACAGAUUUAUAGCCGUGAUGUUCGCGGAAAAUGAAGGCGUAAUACCCGGCAACGCCCUGGUCGUGGACCCCAAGAAACAAUUCCGGCCUCUUUCGGCUUUCGGGAACUCUUUCCUGAACAGAUUUCAGUGUUCGCUGCUGAGAUCCCCCGUACUCAAAGGCAUGUCCAUUAUUGAUACACCCGGCAUACUAGCAGGUGAGAAACAACGCAUCGACCGAGGAUACGACUUCACGGGGGUGCUGGAGUGGUUCGGCGAACGGGUAGACCGUAUAAUAUUACUAUUCGAUGCACACAAGCUCGAUAUCUCAGACGAAUUCCGCCGGUCCAUCGAGGCGCUCCGAGGACAUGACGAUAAAAUUAGAAUAGUUCUGAACAAAGCCGAUAUGAUUGACCAUCAGCAACUCAUGAGGGUGUACGGGGCCUUGAUGUGGUCCUUGGGAAAGGUCCUUCAAACCCCAGAAGUUGUUAGAGUGUAUAUAGGAUCUUUUUGGGACGAACCACUCAGAUACGACGUUAAUAGAAGACUGUUCGAGGACGAGACGCAGGACUUGUUCAAAGACCUGCAGAGUUUGCCGCGGAAUUCGGCAUUGAGGAAGUUGAACGACUUGAUCAAGCGUGCCAGAUUGGGCAAAGUUCACGCCUUUAUCAUAUCCGAGAUCAAAAAGGAAAUGCCCGUGUUCGGGAAGGAGAACAAAAAGAAGGAACUGAUUAAAAAUUUGAGCGAUAUCUACGAGAAAGUUCAAAGGGAAUACUCGGUUUCCAUAGGUGACUUGCCGGACAUAAAUAAGAUGAAAGAACACCUGCUUAAGAUAGACUUCACUAGAUUCCAUUCUCUCAAACCGAAAUUGUUGGAAGUAGUGGAUGAGAUGUUGUCGAAUGAUAUCUCCCAGCUCAUGGCGAUGGUGCCGAAUGACACCAGUCCUGCGUCUCUCACCGACAUACACGGAGGUGCUUUCGAAAACGUUGAAGACAAAAAGACUCCGUUCGGGUACAGAAGCGGAGAAGGAGUCAAUGCUGGAUACGGCGAACCGGAAUGGAUAGUGAACAAGGAAAGGACUGCAUUCGACGUUUUAUUCGACUCACUUAACCCUGUAAAUGGCAAGCUAUCGGGUGCGACAGUGAAAGAGGAGCUGGUCAAGUCGAAACUCCCCAAUGCUAUUCUUGGCAAAAUUUGGAAACUCGCCGACGUGGACAAAGACGGUUACCUAGACAAGGACGAGUUUGCUCUGGCCAUGCAUCUGAUAAAUGUGAAGCUGAGCGGCAACGAAAUACCCCUAGAACUACCCGACCAUUUAAUACCACCCAAACAGAGAAAUAAAGUGUAUACCUGUUGAGUUUAAUAAAAUGCUUUAAUCCCA